UUACAGCUUCAAAUUCAUCUAGUAGAAAAACAGUUGAAGCCUCAGACGGAGCCGAAGUGAGUAUUGGAAAACGAGGUACGGUGUGCGGAACACGUGACGCGCGUAAUGCAAGUUGCAACAUACCCGUGACACGUAUUUUGACAAAUUUAAGAGAACAAGUACAUGUCAAGCUGGCUAGUGCUACUCAACAUCUUUUGGACAGCACAGCCUGGAUGGUCGUGUCUCUUGCAUUGGUGGGGAUACGUGAACUGUGAUAGUUGGUGUACUGACUGAUUAUUGCAGGAAGAUUUGGGAGUUUGCGUUGAUCUUGUUCCCAAGUCACGUGAGGAGGCGCUGUGAUGACGUGGGUCUGUCAGAAAGGCUAGUGCCAGCAUGCCCUUUAUCAAAGUAGGUCAUAAGAAAUACACUGUACGCAAAUAUGGCUAGUACAGUCAUCACCACCAAUCCAGGCAUUCCCUUUUCUGGCAUCAUCCCAGGCAAUAUGUCACCAGGGAAGAUGCUCUUCAUCCAGGGCUAUGUCAAUCCUAAUGCUCUAAGGUUUGCAGUAAACUUGGCCUGUGGUCUGAGGCAGGUGCCCCUGGAUGACAUAGCGCUGACCUUCAGCCCUUCCUUUGGCCAAGGCGUGGCCGUGGUCAACCACUUCAAGAAGAUGACUUGGGGUCAGGAGAUACAAGUCCAGAAUGUCCUCCAGCGGGGCCAGAACUUUGAAAUGAUCAUCAAUGCUGAGGCUUCACAGUUCAAGAUUGCACUUAACGGCGAACACUACAUCUCUUACCCGCACUACAUCAAGAAGCUACAGAGGAUUUCCCACAUCACAAUCAAUGGUGACGUCAGAAUAUACACCAUACGCAUGGAAGGUGGCUACACUCCAGCCCCUGUGCUGGCAGCACCUGCCCACACAGCCAUGCCUUCUGCACCUGCUUAUCCAACGGGUCCGGCCCCUCCGCCCCAGUACGCACCAUCUCAACCGGCCUACCCGGCCCAGCCAUCCUACCCAGCCGCACCGGCAUACCCUGCCCCACCGGUAGCCCAGCCCUCGUUUCCAGCCCAACCGGCAUACCCAUCUCAGCCAGCUUACCCCUCACAGCCAGGGUACCCCUCACAGCCGUCAUACCCGCAAGGACCUCAAGUCAUUAAUAACCCGCCUCUUCCAUACUUGCAAAUGAUUCCUGGUGGAAUGAAGAAAGGGAAGAUUAUUACAGUCAAACUAACUGCGAAGCCUCGCCCAACCAGGUUCCACAUAAAUUUCCAGUGUGGCAUGUCCACCAACCCAAGGAGUGAUAUUGCAUUUCACUUCAAUCCACGAUUCAACGAGCAGGCUAUCGUCAUGAACGCCCUGCGCUGCACCAGAUGGGAUGGCACUGAGCAGAGACACCGCACCUACUUCCCCUUCCACCCAAAUGGGACCUAUGAGAUCAUGUUUCUGUGCGAGCAGCACGAGUUCAAAGUUGCUCUGAAUGGCUCUCAUCUACUGGAGUUCAAGCAUCGUCUGCCGUUCCAGAAUAUCAGCGCUUUGGCGAUUGAUGGGGACUGUAUCAUAACCCAGAUCAAUUACCACUAAAAGACCCAAGUGGUUAAAAGUGGCUGUUUUUUAUA